AACUGCAAUUACCAUCGCUAUAGUGAAAAAAUAGUUCACUAGCAACUCCAGCUUCCCCUUAAUAACGCACACCACGGAGAAUCCCGUCGCGCGACACGCGGAUCCCGUUCCUCCGCGCUGACGCAAAAUGCCGGGUGCGUCGUUGCGGCGCGUGCCACCGCGUCGAGAGCGCCAAUCACUGCCGCAACCGCGAACGCACGCUGCAACGUGCGCGGAAGUCCGACUGUAACCACGCGGCGCGGGGAGAACGCGCGAGGGCGAUCGAGACUUUCCUCUGGACUCACGUGGCGAGCAAGAAUGACCGCGAGCGUCACCGGCCUUCCGCUGACCAUCGAGUUCGGGGGUGGGGCGGAAUUGUUGUUCGACAAGAAGAAGAGGCACGAUGUGAACUUACCCGGGGAAGACUGGACCUUGAGGCGACUGCUGCUCUGGAUACGGGAUAACCUCUUGAUGGAGCGACCGGAACUCUUCAUGCAAGACGACACGGUGCGGCCGGGUAUACUGGUGCUGGUAAACGACGCCGACUGGGAGUUGCUCGGUGAAGGCGAUUAUAAACUGUGCCCGCGGGACAGAGUGCUCUUCAUCUCGACUCUGCACGGAGGAUAGAAGGUACAAAUUUCCAAUAUUGAAAAUCGACGGGGAUAAAGUGCGAUCCACUCAAACGUCGUGGACUCUUUUCGGAGUGUAUAUAUAAAGAAUUUUAUGUAUGCUUCAGAGAUCGUUUCAUAUCGACUGCGGCAUGAGGGAAUAAAGUGUUCUCUCCAAGGAUAUACUGUCUGUAAUCAGUUUUAAAUCAUGAUUGAUUAUAGAAAGAAAAAUUUCCUUUUUUGCGUCUAUUAAAAUAAAUAUCAGUAAUUUUUCAACAUUAUUAGAUUUAACCGAUUUUGAAGUUUGGUUUACACACGCCGUUCUCUGUUACGUAAAUUGCUAUAUAAAUUUGAUUUGUAAAUUAUCGUGGUCUAUGAAUUACAGGUGAGCAGGUUUGCCGUAAAAUCGAAAUUUUUAGAUUGCAUCAAUUAAUGGUCGUGAACACAGUCCGAUUUUGUUUUUCGUCACGCGUGGAUUGCAUACGUCCCUUGUUGGUUUUCACUAAAAAACAUGUAUGUAUAUGGCGCGUAAUAUAUAAAGUGGAGCUAUUGGAACAUCACUUUUAUCAGAAUUGCGCGCGACCCAAUGUGUGAUCGAUUUAAUUAAAAGCGCAGCGGUCUGUUUUCGAUAAACUGAGAAACUUGUAGACGAAUAAAACAUGAUUUGUAUGAUGUUAUUUGCAGAAAUUAUUGUACUCAUAAAAUUAUAUUUUGUGUCAA